AUGACCACCUACGAGUUCGGCGGCCCCUUGGGCGCCACCGGUAUCGUCUUUGGUCUCCCCGUGUUAAUGAACGUCCUCUUCCUGGGCUGCAACGACGUUUCGGGAUGUCCGGCGCCUGCUCUCCUGGAUCCUCGCAGUCUGACCUGGGAGAAGCUGAGGGACCAGAUUCCCUGGCCAGAGGAUGGCAUCUGGGGGUUUUGCAGCUGGAAAGCUUCGGGCUGGCUGGCCGCUUACUACCUCUUGAGUCUGUUCCUUUACCGGGUGCUGCCAGCCAAGCAAGUCUAUGGUACAAAGUUGCGCGAGUCUGGUCGUCCUCUUGAGUAUCGGUUCAAUGCUUUCUCCUCUACCGUUGUUCAACUGGCCGCUUGUGCCGUCGGUACCGUCAUCUACGGCGCCGAGUUUCCCGUCUGGACCUUCAUCACCGACAACUACCUUCAGCUCCUCAACGCAAACAUCAUCCUGUCCUUCAUCAUCUCCAUCUAUGUCUACGUCGACAGUUUCAACGUCAAGAAGGGCAACCCUGAGAUGCGUGAGCUCGCCAAGGGCGGACAUACCGGCAACCUCAUCUACGAUUUCUUCAUCGGCCGCGAGCUCAACCCCCGCAUCACCUUCCCUUUCUUUGGAGAGGUCGAUCUGAAGGCAUGGCUCGAGAUGCGCCCUGGUCUUACUGGGUGGGCUUUGCUUGAUCUUGCAUACAUUGCGAAGCAGUACCGCACCUACGGAUACAUCUCCGACAGCAUCAUUGUCAUCGCUCUGGUUCAGUCUUACUAUGUGCUUGAGGGCCAAUACGCUGAGUCUGGACUCUUGGGUAUGAUGGAUAUCACCACUGACGGACUGGGUUUCAUGCUCGGCUUUGGUGAUAUCGUCUGGGUCCCCUUCCUCUACUCCACUCAAUGCCGUUACCUAUCUGUCUACCCUGUUCAGCUGGGGUGGCUCAACUUCGCCGCCAUUGCCGCCGUCUUCUCCGUGGGCUUGUACAUCUUCCGAGCUUCCAAUUCUCAGAAGAACCUCUUCCGCACUAACCCCGAUCACCCGGCCUUUGCCAACAUGACCUACAUCCAGACUAAGAGAGGUACCAGAUUGCUGACUGGUGGUUGGUGGGGUAUGGCCCGUCAUAUCAACUACUUUGGUGACUGGUUGCAGUCUCUGCCUUUCUCCUUGCCCACCGGAAUCGCUGGGUAUGUCAUUCUCCCAGCCGGCAGCGCCAUCACGGGUGUUGGCAUCACCAAGAUGCUUGAUGGCAGAGUCGUGACUCAAGAUGGCGUGGCUGGAUGGGGAAUGCUUUUCACUUACUUCUACUCAGCCUGGUUCGCCUUCAUGCUUAUCCACCGCGAGGGCAGAGAUGAUGCCGCCUGCGCCGAGAAGUAUGGUGAUGACUGGGUCCAGUAUAAGAAGACUGUCAAGUGGAGGAUUCUGCCUGGAGUGUACUAG